GAGGAUUUCUGCUGUGAGACCAGAUGAUGGAGGAGUUUAUUUAUGUGGAGUUUGGAUCAACAGACACUCGUUCAGUUACUACAUUAUUACUACUGUUCAUCUACAUAUUAGUAAUAAACUGAAUGUGUAUAAAGUGAGCAGUUACUCAGGAGGUGGUCUGAUGAUCAAGUGUGAACAUCCUCAAUACAAAACCAAACCAAAAUACAUCUGUAAAGAAUCAGACGGAUGUUCAGAGAGGAAGAGUCCAGGAGUUCAGGAUGAAUGGAUGGAGAAUGGAGAUGUUUCUUUAUAUGACGACACCAGAGCAGGAGUCUUGAUGGUGUUUUUUAGAGAGCUGAAAGCUGCAGAUGCAGGAACAUACAGGUGUGGAGUGAAAGAAUCUGACUAUACUGAGAGCUUCACUGAACUACAGCUGAGCGUCAAACACGAUGCAAAAUAUCCAAACAGCAUGACUGAAUCUGUGUAUCUUGGUGAAGAAGUCAACAUCUCCUGUCAGUUCCCAGAGGAACAUAAAGUUCAUUUCUGUAAAGAGGAUGAUAAUCACAUCUGCCAGAACAUCAGCUCAUCUAAAGUGACAGAAAUGAGUGGUUCAUCAGAGAGAAAUGAAGAGAGAGUUGUUACAGUGAGCAUCAGUAAUGUGAGUGUGAGAGAUGCUGGAGUUUACUGGUGUGGAGCAGAAACCAGAGACACAUAUCUGACUUUCAUCUCCCUGACCACUAAAAUUCAGCUCAACCUCAUGAUGGCUCUAAUAGUGAGACAUGAAGAAGAAUCUGCAGAGAUCAUCUGCCCUUAUGAUUCAAUCUAUAAAUCAAAGCCAAAGUCUCUCUGUAAGGGGAAGUGCUCCACUAGAGACAGAAAUCCUCUCAGUGAGACUGUGAGAGGAGAAGAGAAAGAGACCAAGACUGACAGAUUGACUCUGAAAGAUGACGUCACUGCAAGUGUCUUCACUGGGAGCAUCACUGCUCUGACAGCAGAGGAUGCUGGGAAAUACUGGUGUGCAGUGACAUUAGAAACAGAGCUCAAUUAUCUUCACACUCAUCUGAUGGUCAUCAUGAACGAGGAGCUGAACUUGACUAAGUAUGAAGGAGACUACGUGUCAAUCCAGUGCAAACAUCAGGAUGAAGAUCAGAAAAGCUUCUGCAAAGCACAUGAAGCCUCCAUGUGUGUGAAGGAUGGAGUUUCAUUGGAGACGAUCAUAGAUGAUCGAUUCUCUUUCAGUGAUGAAGCAUCUGCUGGAGUCUUUACUGUGAACAUCACUGAUCUGAGAGAAGAGGAUUCUGGGAUAUACUGGUGUGGAGCUCACGUCACCACUAAAGUCAUUCUAGAAGUCAACAAAAGGGCUUCUGACAGAAUCAUCACUUCUUGCAUCUUUGUGACUCUGCUUCUGAUGGGAGCGUCUGUCCUGUUAUUAUACAAAUUAGGAUACAUCAAGACACGAGAUCAGCAUCCUUCCCCAGACAGAACAGAGAUGAGCAGUGGAGAGGCCUUUCAUGGUGCAUGUGAUUAUGAGAAUAUCAGAGACGUCAGACACUGCUUAGUCGUGGGAACUGAGGAAACUGUGUUAAAUUCCACUGCCACGCGUCCCACAGACUCGUCUGAUCCACACAACACACUGUAUUCUAAAUUACAGUUACCCACAAACCCCUCUGAUGGGCUCCUGUACGCUUCGGUCCAUUUCCAGAAGCAUGAAGAGUCUCUCAGUGAUGCUAAAGAAACCUCCAAUAACGAGGAGGUUUACUGUUAUUACACCACGGUAAGACCCCGCAUGUCACUCAACUAAUUCCACUCUUAAAAAUAAAGGUUUCAGAAGGGUGGUGUUUCUUUCUUUCUUUCUUUUUUUUUUUUUUUUUUUUUUUUUUGUAGUGAUGCCAAAGAAGAACCCUUUUUGGUUCCCCAAAGAACCUUUAUGUAAACUGUUCUUAAAUGAGCUGUGUUUUUCUUAGGCUGCAUUUACACUGCAGGUCUUGAUGCCCAAAUCCGAUUUUCUGACUGUAUCCGAUUUUUUUGACGACCUGCUUACAUCAU